AUGGCAGCAGCUCCGUCCAGCUCGGCCUCUUACAAAAAGAAAGACGGUACUCUGACCGUUGCCAAAGACCACAAGUCGAUAUCAUGGAUUCCAGCAGCGGGCGGCGCUGGGGGUGCGGUGACUGUGGCAGUCAAGAAUAUGACUAAUCUACAGCAAACCCCUGCAAAUAAUCCAAAAGUGAUGCUGAAAAUCUUCGCCCAGCAAAACGACACACAGGAGAACUACGUUUUCACAUUUACGUCCGGCGCAAACGCCCGUACAGAAGCCGACGCUAUCAAAGAAGCCCUCAGUGCCGCAAUCACAGCAGCCAAAGCAGCCUCUGCCCCGGCGGCGGUUCCGGAGGUAUCGACAAAUGAUGGAGUCUCUGCGGCCAUGGCGAUGGCAAACGCCAUCUCGUCGGCCGGCACGGGUCAAGCUGCUUGGGAUGACGAUAACAAAUUGAAGACGGAUGCAGAGCUGCAACAGUCCCUGCUCAAAUGCGACCCGAAUCUACAGCGCAUGUUUAUGGAGUCGCUUCGCACAAAACCCGAAUCACUGUCAGGCGGUAACUUUGUCUCCCAGUUCUGGUCAACCAGAGUGCAUUUGCUCCGAGCGCAUGCUAUAGAGAGAGCGCAGUUGCGUGGCUCCUACAACGUUUUGUCGUCGCUCAGGCCGCGGACAGAUAAUAACGUUACAAAGCUCAAUAUCAGCAAGGAACAGAUUCAACUAAUCUUCAACCAGCACCCCUUGGUCAAAAAGGUCUAUGACGAGAAUGUGCCUAAGCUUAGCGAGCAGCAGUUCUGGUCUAGAUUCUUCCAGAGUCGACUCUUCAAGAAACUUCGUGGCGAGCGAUUAUCCGAAUCCGACGCCACAGAUAACGUGCUAGAUAAAUAUCUCACCGUGGAUGAACAUGCCGAUCGAGUCACAGACACCCACGUGCCUCACUUUCUUGAUCUGGCUGGAAAUGAAGUUAAUCACAGUCAGCGACAGGGCAAUCGCCCGGAUUUCGACAUGCGGCCUGCCUCGAUCGAGAAGGUCCCCAUUAUCCGGACUCUGAAUGCACUAAGUGAAAAGAUCAUGGCCAACGUCGCGCCCGCUGAUGGGGAUCCUUCUGCGCCUGUUGGGAUGGAUGAAGAAACGUACAAUAAUUUGGUGCUACAAGAUCUCAAGGGUGAUGAGGAGCAAAACCGAAUCAUGCUGAACAUUCGAGACCAAAGUCGAUUUUUCGCCCAGGGCAAGGAACGUGAGGGUAAGGAGGGGGAUCUACUCGCCAAGCAAAACCCGGAACAGAUCAUUACAUCUAUGCGCGGAGAUGUGGCAAAGACAUUCGCUGCCGGUGGCUUGUUUCAUUUGGGAAAGAUCAUCGAGCCCGAUGAAGACGACAGCGAUGAAGAGAACGCCGCCGCGCCGAAAAAAGCUGUUGGAUCCAGGGCGAGCCUACGGCAGGCAUCUACGCAAAUCUUUGACGCGAUUCGGGAGCGCAGAGCACAAACCGAAGUCUCCCCCAAUGCAGGGACUUGGGGACUGUCUACUACCCUCUUUGAUCGCCUAACGUUGACUCAUGCAACAACCACAGAGUUUCUGCAUCAAUUCUGGCACGCCUUUUUGUCUGGAAAUCCAGAGCGAGCCGGCGAGCUCGCCUCUCUCGUGGAAUCACUGAGUCGGGCCAUGGACCGUAUCAAAGCUGUCGCCGCUGACGCAGAAACCGAAAAACAGGCAGAAGUCAAUCGGCUGAAACAAAACGCCCGCGACGUCUUCGCCGCAACGGGGAAGAAAAUUCGCGUAAACUUGGCUGGUGUUGGUGGCGGCGAAAAGGUCGUUAAUCAGCUACUGGGGCCGACGAUAUCGGCUUUGAGUCUGGCCAGCAACAAAUAUAAAGACGCGCUGGCAGAGGCGACAGCUGCUGCUUCCAGGGAAGAUUCUCUGGCACCUUGA